CUAUUUCGGUUUUUGGGUUAUUUCGGUUACCUGCUCACCCCUAACAAAUAGUAGCAUACUACAAUUCUUUGAUGUGUAAAAGCAAUAGGUAGACUCUGGUUUGAGUGAAGAACAAUGGGGAUCUCACAGUCCAUGGUCGUUUUGUUAUUUCAUAUCUUAAUAAUAAUCUGUUACAAAUCUAUGGCUGUGAGUUUGAUGGAUGAAAUUCGAGAAGCGGAGCUGAAGAUCGUUGGAUUAGAAUCUAUGAUUGAGGAAAGCAUUUCGAUACUAGAUUCCAAAAAUAUGUAUAUCAAAGAACGUGAGAAGCUUGUGACAGAGUUAACCACUGAAUUUGAUCAUCUGCAAUCUGUUUUGUUAACUAUCAAGAAUGAUUCAUCAUCAUCUUGUGCAAAUGAAAGACUGGAGGAAGAGGUUCGACUUCUUUGGGCCACUGCAAGAAGAAACAAUUUUGAGCUUCACAGCUUGGAGUCCAAAGCACAAGAUGCUGAGACUAGGCUGGAAGUAACCCAGUCAAGGGUUGAAACGGUGACUGCAAUUGUGAAUCAACAGUGGAUUCAGAUCCAACAUCUUGAACAGGCGCUUGUCAUUGCACAAGUAUGUAUGUAUAAGGAAAGUAACGAGGUCAAACGGCAACUUAGCAGGUGCUCCUUUCUAAAGUUUCUCAAAAGACAAUUUGGACACUGUCCGGAGGUGCUAGAAACAACUUGGUCAACGAUUAAACAAAAGCAUCACCAGCUGCAACGCUUUGUGAUGAUCCAAAUGCAAAAAUGGAAGUACACUGCUGCUUUUGCUAACAAAGAAGUGGUCUUUUUUGUGGCAUCUGCGCUAAUCACCUUUCCAGCUUUAAGUCUGGGGAUGAUUCUGUUGAACAACGUUUGCUGCUAGCAAAGGGAUACAUGGAAGUUGGGAACCACAACCGCUUUCACUGUAUCAUAUAGAUUGUAAUCUCGAUGUUUAGAAUGGAACGAUUAUUUGGGCCUAGUUCCAUUAUUUUCUACGGUCAAUAGCUGCUAAUAGCUUGUAAUGAGUUGUUUCUUUCAGAAUUAUUUGUUUCAUGACCGAUCGUUGUAAACAAGUAUCACUUUAACUAAA